AUGGGAAGAAAAGACACCUCGUCGUCCUCCGAGGCCGCCGGCCGCGGGAAAAAGGAGAAACCUAUGUCGGUAUCCGCCAUGCUCGCCUCCAUGGACGCCCCCGCGGCGAAGCCCAAGUCCUCCAAGUCGGCGGCGCCGUCCAAGGCCAAGGCGAAGCCCUCCAAGGCGCCGGCGUCCUCCUACAUGGGCGACAUCGACCUGCCCCCCUCGGACGACGAGGACGAGGAGGAGGCCCAGCGCGCCGCCGCCGCCGCCGCCAAGCCCAAGGCGGCCCGCGCCGCCACCGUCGACCUCAGCGCCGGCAUCGCGCCGUCGCAGAAGGACGCCAAGAAGAAGGACAAGCGCGAGGCCGUGGCGGCCGCGGCCGCCGAGGCCGCCAGGCGGGAGGCGCUCCGCGACGACCGCGACGCCUUCUCCGUCGUCAUCGGCGCGCGCGUCCCCGGCUGGUCGUCCGCCGCCGGCGACGACGGCGGCGUCGACGACAACGUCAGGGACAUCGUGCUCGAGAACUUCUCCGUCUCCGCGCGCGGCAAGGAGCUGCUCAAGAGCGCCUCCCUCCGGAUCUCGCACGGCCGCAGGUACGGCCUCGUCGGCCCCAACGGCAUGGGGAAGUCCACCCUGCUCAAGCUCCUGGCCUGGCGCCAGGUCCCCGUGCCGCGGAAUAUCGAUGUCCUGCUCGUCGAGCAGGAGAUCAUUGGCGAUGACCGCUCGGCCCUUGAGGCUGUGGUCGCCGCUGAUGAGGAGCUCACCGCCCUCCGGGCCGAGCAGGCGAGGCUCGAGGCCUCUAAUGAUGCUGAUGACAACGAGCGGCUGGUGGAGGUGUAUGAGAAGCUGAAUCUCCGGGACUCUGAUGCGGCCCGGGCCCGAGCGUCCAAGAUUCUCGCGGGGCUGGGGUUCGAUCAGGCGAUGCAGGCCAGAUCCACAAAGUCCUUCAGUGGUGGCUGGAGGAUGCGUAUUUCGCUUGCCCGUGCGCUCUUCAUGCAGCCAACGCUGCUGCUCCUUGAUGAGCCGACUAACCACCUGGAUCUGCGAGCUGUGCUAUGGCUGGAGGAAUACUUGUGCUCGCAGUGGAAGAAGACAUUGAUUGUUGUUUCCCAUGACCGCGACUUCCUGAAUACAGUGUGCAAUGAGAUCAUACACUUGCAUGAUAAAAGUCUGCAUGUCUACCGUGGGAACUUUGAUGAUUUUGAGGGUGGGUAUGAGCAGAAGAGGAAGGAGAUGAACCAGAAGUUUGAGGUGUAUGAAAAGCAGAUGAAAGCAGCCAGGAAGUCUGGGAGCAAGGCCGCACAGGAUAAGGUUAAGGGUCAGGCGCUGUCCAAGGCUGCUAAAGAGGCAGCCAAGAACAAGGGGAAGGGUAAGAGUGCUGCAGAUGACGACGAUGACCAGAAACAGGUGGCUGUGCCACAGAAGUGGCGCGACUACAGUGUUGAGUUCCAUUUCCCAGAGCCUACAGAACUCACACCACCACUCCUUCAGCUCAUUGAGGUGGGGUUCAGCUACCCUGGUAGGCCAGACUUCAAGCUCUCAGGUGUUGAUGUUGGCAUUGAUAUGGGAACACGUGUAGCUAUUAUUGGGCCCAAUGGAGCUGGGAAGUCAACCCUGCUUAAUUUGCUUGCUGGUGAUCUUACCCCAACUGAAGGGGAGGUAAGGAGGAGCCAGAAGCUGAGAAUUGGGCGAUACUCACAGCAUUUUGUUGACUUAUUGACAAUGGAGGAAAAUGCAGUUCAAUAUUUGUUGAGGCUUCACCCAGAUCAGGAGGGAAUGAGCAAAGCAGAGGCUGUCCGUGCUAAGCUUGGGAAGUUUGGGUUACCUGGACACAACCAUCUCACUCCAAUUGUUAAAUUAUCUGGUGGGCAGAAGGCCCGAGUUGUGUUCACUUCUAUAUCAAUGUCUCAGCCUCACAUACUCCUGCUUGACGAGCCAACGAAUCACUUGGACAUGCAAAGUAUUGAUGCAUUGGCAGAUGCACUGGAUGAAUUCACUGGAGGUGUCGUCUUGGUUAGCCACGACUCACGAUUAAUAUCUCGUGUUUGUGAGGAUGAGCAAAGGAGUGAGAUAUGGGUUGUGGAAGCUGGGACUGUGAAUAAAUAUGACGGCACAUUUGAGGAUUACAAGGAUGAACUCAUGGAAGAAAUAAAGAAGGAAGUUGAGGAAUAA